AUGGAAGAUGACGAGUAUAAAGUCGACAGACGGCGCGCCUCCGUUCGACUUUCCUCCAACCACGAAAGUCAGCAAAUCAACGUCGCUUUAGGAUCAAGAGACAAUACGCUCAAACAUUGUGAACUCUCAUCUUCUAUAGCUCUGACGAUGCGCGCUCACUCGUUUCUGCCACUUCUGGCGCUCGGGCGGGCAGUCCAAGGCGCGGCCCUCGACGGUAUCAGGGGCGUGUCGCCUCGAGAUGUCUUGACCUCGAACGCCUUGCAAGCUUCGGGACAUAUUGAUGACCUCCGUGGGAAGGUCGAGUCUCGAGACUUGUGCUUGCCCUGCGCGGUAACUGAUCCACGCCCAGCGCCUGUCUCUCUUGGACCACGUUGA